AGCAGAGUGUGGGUGGGGGUUGGCGGUGGAGGGAGAUUCUGAUGCAAUCGGCCCGGAAAGGAGGAGGAGAGCCAGAGAGCGCGGGCUGGGGUGGCCACGCCGCUCUGCCUGAAGGUCGCUGGGAACCUCCGCCCUUCACCUUCCUCGGAAAUCCGCCACCGCGCGCGAACCCUCCCCGCCCAGCCCUCGCUGACGGAGGCCACCUUUUCCCCGCGGAGGCAGCCAGACCGUGACACAAAGGACAUCACACGGCCGGGGGGAACCCCGGAAGGGCGGACACCUGGUCUCCUUUUGCCACUUUCCCCUUUAUUGCCCAAGACAUGGCAAUGCAAGUCGUGUGCUGGGAUACAAGGAUCAUGAAGCAGAUGUGGAGGUUCCCUGAAGAAACCAGUGCUUCACACAAGCACAAUACGUGGUGAAGAGUGAAGCAGAGAAUUCAUGAGAUAUUUAUUGAGUGCCUACUGUGUGCCAGGCACUAUAUCUAUGUGCAUAGAAAGGCCCUGGAAGGUCAAAGGUCAUACUCCAGGAUAUAUAUCAGUAUAUACAUAUAUAUAUAUACAGCGAUCAUCUCUGUGUGCUGACAUAACAGGGGUGUCAAGCUUAUAUUUUUGCUGCUAUCCAUUUGUAAUACUCUCAGAGCAGAAUUUGGACUAAUUUUUUGACUACGGAUACUUUGUAAACAUGAUGCAUUUCAAAAGUGGACUUGAAUUAACAGAGUUGCAGAAUAUGACAGUGCCAGAGGAUGAUAACGUUAGCAACGAUUCCAACGAUUUCACUGAAGUAGAAAAUGGUCAAAUAAAUAGCAAAUUUAUUUCUGAUCGUGAGAGUAGAAGAAGUCUCACUAACAGCCAUUUGGAAAAAAAGAAAUGUGAUGAAUAUAUUCCAGGAACAACCUCCUUAGGCAUGUCUGUUUUUAACCUAAGCAACGCCAUUAUGGGCAGUGGGAUUUUGGGACUGGCCUUUGCCCUGGCAAACACCGGAAUCCUACUUUUUCUGAUACUUUUGACUUCUGUGACACUGCUAUCUAUAUAUUCAAUAAACCUUCUUUUGAUCUGUUCAAAGGAAACAGGCUGCAUGGUUUAUGAAAAGCUGGGAGAACAGGUCUUUGGUGCCACAGGGAAGCUCGUGAUCUUUGGAGCCACUUCGCUACAGAACACUGGAGCAAUGCUGAGCUACCUCUUCAUAGUCAAAAAUGAACUACCCUCCGCCAUAAAGUUUCUCAUGGGAAAGGAAGAGGCAUUUUCAGCCUGGUAUGUGGAUGGCCGAGUUCUGGUGGUGGUAGUUACUUUUGGCAUAAUCCUCCCUCUGUGUCUCUUGAAGAACUUAGGGUAUCUUGGCUAUACUAGCGGAUUUUCUUUGAGCUGUAUGGUUUUUUUCCUGAUAGUGGUUAUCUACAAAAAAUUUCAAAUUCCCUGCAUUGUUAUGGAGCUAAAUUCAACAAUAAGUGCUAAUUUAACAAACCCUGACAUGUGUACACCAAAAUACGUUACCUUCAAUUCAAAGACCGUGUACGCUUUACCAACCAUUGCGUUUGCUUUUGUCUGCCACCCGUCAGUCCUGCCAAUUUACAGUGAGCUUAAAGAUCGAUCACAGAAAAAGAUGCAGAUGGUUUCCAAUAUCUCCUUUUUCGCCAUGUUUGUUAUGUACUUCUUGACUGCCAUUUUUGGCUACUUGACAUUCUAUGAAAAGGUGCAGUCAGACCUCCUUCACAAGUACCAGAGUAAAGAUGACAUUCUCAUCCUGACAGUGCGGCUGGCUGUGAUUGUUGCUGUCAUCCUCACAGUGCCAGUGUUAUUCUUCACGGUUCGUUCAUCUUUAUUUGAACUGGCUAAGAAAACAAAGUUUAAUUUGUGUCGUCAUAUCUUGGUUACCUUCAUACUCUUGGUUAUUAUCAACUUGUUGGUGAUCUUCAUACCCUCCAUGAAGGACAUUUUUGGGGUCGUAGGAGUCACAUCUGCUAAUAUGCUUAUUUUCAUUCUUCCUUCAUCUCUUUAUUUAAAAAUCACAAGCCAGGAUGGAGAUAAAGGAACUCAAAGAAUUUGGGCCGCCCUUUUCUUGGUCCUGGGGGUGUUGUUCUCCCUGGUCAGCAUUCCCUUGGUCAUCUACGACUGGGCCUGCUCAUCAAGUAGUGACAAAGGCCACUGAGACCAGCUGAGGACAGGAAACGUUCCGGCCCGCGGCUCGGUCACAUCACCACACAUCAGCAAUCUCUCAUCACUUCUUUCGCAAGUUUACAGAAGCAAAACAGAAAUUCACAAGAUACUUAAAAUGGAAUAACACUUCGGUAGCAAAACAGAAACCUGUUUCUAUAAUGGUUCCUGUCCCUCUAAGAGUUGGGAUCAAUUUAAGGAUUGUGGAUUUUUUUUUUUUUUUAAACUUCAUGCAAUUGUAUUUCUCAGUACUCUUCACAGUCAGUUAUUUUUCACUCUCCUAACUCUAUUUUUUGUGACUUCAUGGUCCCUUAGAACUUUGAAAACAUAAUUAUCGAUCAUGUUUAUUUAUUAUGCAUACAAGUUUCCAAAAUGAUUUUCCUGCCAAUGUUCUGUUCAUGCCACUGGUACCUUUUUAGAAGAGAAAAGAAUCUCGAAUUGUAUAUAGUUAUUUUGCUUUACAGAAAAAGAAAAUGGUUUCAUAAAUAUUUUGCCUACUUUGGUUAAUAUAGCACACGGGGGUAAUCAUGAGAGAAUGACGGGGUGUGUGCCCUCGCGGGAUCAGAGCCUACCCAACAUUCGAGGUGCCCUGGUCAGCCUGGCCACCAGGCUCUGGUGGCCCAAUGGCCUUCACUGGUACUGCAUCCUGCUUCAGGCAGAGACCGUCUCCAAUGAGUGUUCUUUGCUGGGAAGGGGGUGAGAAUGAUUUCUUACCUUGGUAAACAUCUUAAACUACACAUUUGGGUCAUCUAGCAAAUGAAGUUCUGUUUCCCUCUUGGCCAGUUGUGUCAGAGUUACUCUAAUCUGAGUCACCUUCCACUGAGGGAGACCCAUGACACCUUUGUAAUAAAUUGAGAAGCAUGAGUAUUGCAAAAAGAGCAUACAAAAUGCCUAAGAAAAUAUUCCUGUGAUGCAAAAACCCUACAUCUGUGUUGUUGGAGGGAGAAAAAACACUUUCUUAAAUUAUAAACCCAGCAGCUUUUAUUCAUGUCCACCAGCUUUUUGCACAGGGAAUAAUGUGUAUCUAACCAAGGAUGAUCUAGGAUAAGUAAUUCCUGUUUUGUAUUGGGUACUUUAGGGGGGUCUUUAAAAGACUUGUUUUAUAUCUAUAAAUUUAGGUUAUUACAAAUACAAGAUUUUUGUACCUUAAAUAAGCCUCAUUCCUAUUUCUUCUCCAUUAACAAUCCACUCAGAGUCUUGGGGGAAAAAAAAAAAGGAAAGGAAAAGAACCCUCAGAGACUGCCUUUGAGAAGAACUUGUGACAGAAUGAGUAUACCUUCCUUCCCGCAGUUGGGGACUUUGGUGCCUGUUCUGUCUCCUCUUCUCAUCCCUAACCAAAGGGUGGGCCAUUACCCUGCCCAACAUGACCCACACAAGAGGACAGAGUUGCCUCAGACCCCUACUCCAGCCCCACUAUCUCCUAAAGAGGGUGGAAGGAAAUUACACGGAGACUGAAAAAGAAGAGAGUUGGGGGCAAGGCAUAGCUUGGAAAGUUGGGGGGCAAUAAGGAAACCCAGAAGCGCAUCCUCCCAAAGCUGGACCAUCACCUGUGAUUGGACUGUCUCUGUCACACAGUAAGAAAUGUUUGUGCUCUGUGAGCUGGUCCCUUGAAAUAGGACUUGUGUUUUGUUUAUAUUCCGGUUGAAUUUCUCAAACACAUAGUUCACCAAGCACAGAUUUCUUAUCCAGAGAUAAGUAGAAUCUAACCGCAGACUCUUGGCAGGAUUUCCAAGCACUUAGGUCUGGGUUCUGUUCCUCCCUCACUCAAAUCCCCAACGGUCUUGCUCACCAUUCACUGGGAGUAACAAGGAACUGUCCCCUCCCCCUUUACAGACUAACGUCCCAUAGAAAAGGCAGGCAUCGAAGCACCUUGUUGUGAUCCUCUUGGGGGAGAAGGAAAGGUUAUUUCCUGCAUUUCUUGGUAGGAUCAUCAUAGCUUUUAAUGUGCUGUUCCAGAAUUAUAUCCACAUUAGGUCAGAGUUCAGGUAAUUAGAUAUGAAUACCUACCCGUACGUGAAUACCUAACCUAGUAAAGUCCAUAGCCACCUCUGGCCUUUUCAGCAAUGUCUUCCAUAUUGGAUGAACAGGGAGAGAAACUGAGCAAAACAAGUCUGUUGGCCCUGGGAGGCUUGUCUAGGGCACCGAGUAAUGAAAUAGCCAGGUAGUGGACUGACCCUCCAUUAAAAAAAAAUACCUAGUUGAGUUUGCAAGUGAUAUUAUGUUACUUUCUAUUUUCCUCAUUAAUUUCUAACAAUUCAUUCUACACUUUACACAAAGUCAACUUAGAAAAUUAUUAUUAGCUCUUGGGAUAGGUAGUGAUAUUUUUGGAUCUCUGGAUUUUAUGUGUCAGUACAGGGAAUUUAUAUUAUUAUUUAAAAUAUUUAUUUAGAGGAGGCACAUUGUUGUUGAUGUCUGUGAUACUGCAGGUUUUUAAAAAUCUUCUUUGUAUGUUUAUCUAAGUUUAUUUUUGACUGAAUAUAAUAGACCCUACUGUAAUUUGUCAAAUACCACGGAUUAAUUACAUCAUGUGUGUGGGAUUAGCUAUAAAGUGUACUGCAAUAAUUCUUCUUGUUCAGAAUAGUGAACUGGUAGCCAAAAAUACAUGUAUCACAGAUGUUAGGUAGAAUUUAAACAGCAGUCAAGUGCUAUAGAAGUUUUUCUGCUAAAUUAGUAGACUAAAGAAUAUUAUACCUAAGCCAAUGGGAGCAGCACGUUUUCCUUUGGUAGAUAGAAACUUAACACUAGUGAAGAGUGCCAGUUUCAUACUUUGGAUUUAGAACUGUUCUCUAGUUAUUAUAACACAAUAUACUGUAAAUCCCUAAUUUACCUAAUGUUACUUAUUAGGAGUGGAGUAGUAAAGGGUGUACAGGAAAGAAAUCUAGUCUCGUUAAAUACAGGCUGUCCCCAAUUUAUAAGCAGAUCACGUUGCAAAACCCUGUUAGGUGGUUGUUUGCAACCUGGAAUGUAUUUUCCUCUAAAAACCAGGUUAUACAUGGUGUUUAGGCCCCCAGAGCAGCUAGGAAGGAUGAUGAGACCCAUCAUUUAGCAGAAUAGGAUAGUAUAACACGAUGGCUAAAAAGCCUUAACCACCAAAAAUAAUGUUGUUUCUAAAGGAGUAUUUGUUCAGAGUUGCCAAGAGCACGUCACUCCUGUUAAUGGAAUCUGGACUGCCCACGCCAGCCACACGCCACCUUCCAGAUGGUGGGGGUAGGGUCACCACCAGUUAGUGGAGACCAGCGGGGCCUGAAGCAGGGUCUCCAGCAAAGGAGGGCAAGAAGAAGUCCAGGGCCACUGAAGACCCUGGUGGUAGGAGGAGGGGAAGGACGAUGAGGGGGCCUCUUGUGAGCCCGCCAGUGGCAUUCCUCAGCUGGUAUCCCUUCUUUUGCCUGGAGGUCUCAGGCUUGGCCUGACUUUUCUGUUUGUAGGCCCUGUUGCUCCUAUAGUUUGUCUCUUCCCCUGCCCGUUACAGAGCAGGAUGUUGCUGCAUAACUUCUCCCGUGUGCCAGUCUUGAAGCCAGUAUGCAGCACUUUUCAUGGGUUUCGUGCUAGGGAACCAGGGUUUAACUGCCUAGUAGUCAGAUCGGUGUAAAAAAGCUCUCUCCUGACUUUCCUUCUUUCUAUUUGCAGACCCUGUUGAGAAAGGUACCCGGGGGGGAUGGUCAUGGGGCUGGGGGUGGACAAGGGACUGCGGUAAGGUUCCUGUGUUUGAGAGGACACAUCAGAAGCCGCCCCACAGCUGACUUCCUUCUGGAGUUGGACUCAAGCCUCUAAGCCAGUGGCUCUCACAGUGUGGUCCCCAGGCCAGCAGCAGCAUCACCCAAGGACAUGCUGGAAUGCAGGGUUUGGGUCCCCACCCCAGAACUAAUGAACUCAGAAACGCUCAGAGUGGAAGCCCCCAGCAGUCUGGGUUUGAACAAGCCCUCUGCCUGAUCUUGAUGCAUGUUAAGUGCGAGAACCACUCCAGGUCAGUUUGUCUCUCACUUCUUUCUCCCCGUUAGUCCUACCUCAGAGUAUGGUGCCUAGGAAAUGCUGGUGCUGGUGCGCAGUCGACAAGGAAGGCUGCCUGCACUCGGGUCUGCCUGGGCUGAGGGGCACUAAGAUGACCUGUUUUGAAGCUGUGAGGAAAUGAAAGUGAAGUGUUUUUGUCUUUGCGGAGAAGGAAAAGAAAGCACCCUUUGUAAAGGCAGCCUUAGGUGAAAUACUGAAUUCAUGUCAGGAGUAAGCUCUCCACUGUGUCCGUGCACAUUGUGUAAUGAUUGAGCCUGUCCUCCUUUUAAAGUGAAUUCUCUAGAAAGGUCUGUACUGCAUAAAGCAUCUACAAACUGCUCAGAAAAGGAUGUAGAGCUCGGCUCCAUCUCAGUAGAUCACAAUGCAGGACGGCACAUUUAUUGGGGUGGGGAUGAGGCUGAGGACAUGAUCAGAUAUUUGAUCUCACAGCUCAGGGCAAAAGUCACGAGUUUCCCUCAGUUUAUCAAUGUAAAUGGCUUGAGGCUUAGAAAGGGCAGAAGCUUUAAGAAUAGAAUUCCUCCAUUCCACUUCACUAUCACCUUGUAGCCACUCUCAAAACACAGAAGAUACGACUGUGUCUAGUGCUAAUAAAUGGUUUUCCCGAGAGAUGGUAGAUCUUAAGAAUCCUUUAGCAACAGAACAUACGUCCUCUAAAAUAUACAGUGAAUUAUUUGUGAUGACAUAGGGCUUUCAGGUACAAAUUGGGAAUGGGGUGGCUAACAACUGAAAAAUAUCGCUAAAUCUAAAAGGGAAAGUUCUUGAAAAUUGUAAAAUUCGCAAGGCUAGGUCAUUUUCCUUUAGGGUGUUCUCAGAGGAAGGGCUGUGAACUGGGCCCAUCUGUCUACAGUCUUGAAUUUGUGUUUUUAAAAGGAAGAAUCUAUGCAGCUGAGGUUUAUUGUAGGAAAUACUUCAUUUGUAUGUAAAUAUGUUGUAAAUAAAUAGGAGGCUGUAUAUUUUUGCAGUUGUUGAUCCACACUGAAAUAAAAAUAUCAAGAAUCUAGUAUUUGCAUAUCAAGAAUAAAUGUCAUAGAUAUUAGUGGUUUUGUUUGGGAAUUAGAAAAAUUUACAUUCUCACCCAGGUAACAUCGUUCUCUCAGUGUAAACUUGGAAUCUAAAAGUCUUACUUAAUUGUUUAGAAAGCAAAAUGUCGGAGAAAUAGUUGCAUUGAUUUCUUAUACUGGUAUUAAGAUCAAUUACUUAAGAGAUAAUCCUCUGAUCUACAAAUAAGGACUAUUUAGACCCAAAUCAUUGUCAUACAGGAACAGAUAUACCCCAAAUGGCAAACUCUUUCUUCAUAAUGCUCUUUCGCUAUUAACACUGAUACCACUACACAGUAUUUUUGAAAACAGAAAUUGGGGAGAAUUUUCUUUUCAAAAUUAAAUUGAACUGCUACAUUUCCCAAAUUUGGGGAUCUUUGAAAGGGGGAAAAACCUGAACAUUAACUGUGAGCACAAAUUUGAAGGACAAAAAAAGGACCGUUAUCUUAUCAGCUUUUGAAAGUCUUGCAUGUUUGCCUUUCAUUUUCAAUGUUGACGCCAACAUAGACUGUCUUAAGUCUUUUUUUCCCCAAAACACUUGAAUCUUGACCAUGGGUACGUAAUCCACUCUCCAGAGUCCAGUUGUAUUUUAGACUUCAUGUAAGCCCAGGAUGUGUAGCACACCACUGUUUUAUGAAUGUAAAAACUUGUAAAUGAUUUUCAGAUGGGUGAUAGAAGUGAGUCACAAGUCACAAAACUUUGCUAUUCAUGGUUGAUCAAAUAGUUUAUGUCCCCCCCAGGAUGUGGUGUAAAUAAAGAAAUAUAAGAAAUUCUGUUCUAUAAUUGCUCUGUUAACAUAGUUUUUAAACAUUAAAAAUGUGAACAAAAAGUA